UGCCUCGCGACAUCAACGACCCUCCCACAGCAGCAGCGGCAGCGGAAUCAGCAACAACGAAGUCAACACCCGCCACUGAGGCCUACACCGCCAUGCAGCCUGCGGCCUCUGCCCAAGCCGCGUCGCAUUCUGCGGGGGAGAUUCAGGCGAGGGUCGGUGGCGGCGAGGAGGAGGAGGAAGAUGAUGAAGCGAUGGAGCUACUGACCGUCAUGACCGUCGAUCUAAUCACCGGCUACGUAGCUCACCUGACGCAACAGCCGGAGCAGCGGCGGCAGCUCCGCAAGCAGCAGCAGGAGCAGCAGCAGCAGCCUGUGCAUCAGCGACUGCAGCAGCGGCAGCGGCAGCUUCAGGAGGUGCAGGAGCAGCUCCCGGAGUUGCAGCGACAUCUCGAGCUGGCGCAGCAGCAGCAGCGGCAGCGGGAGCAUCUGCAGCAGUCGCAGCAGUUCGAGGACCUUCAGGAGCUGCGGCGGCAAGUGCGUCAACUCCAGCGGCAGGUGCGGGAGGCCGGGGCGCAGCUGCAGAGCUCCCAGCGGCUGGUGCGGCUGCGUGCGGAGCGGCUGCAGGAGGCGUUCGACACCCGAGGGGACGUGUUGCUGGCAGAGUUCGAAGCCUCCAUCCCGGACUUUGUGAGCGGCGCGGAGCGGCUGGCGAAGCGAGUGGAGCCGCGCCGGCUGGUCGUGACCAUGGCCUGGAAGGUUCUCAACGGAGCGCCCCUGAGCUGGGACGGCGUCCUGUCCGCGGUGGUGUACUGCGCGCUGCUCGUCAGGAGCCUCGGGGCCUGCGGGCGGCUGGGAGACUCGGAGAAGACGCGGCCCCUGACGGACCUGGUGGCCGCUGUGCUGCUGGUCGAACGCAGAAGCUGGCUCAUGGAGCACGGAGGCUGGGAGGGCUUCCUGCGAGCGCUCGAGCCGGGGACUCCCACCUAGGAGAGGAGCCACAGACGUCGAGCUCCGACGGGCAGCGGCAGUGGAGACGAGUAGAGAGAGAGGAGAGAGAGAGGAGAGAGUGAGGGGAGAGAGAGAGGAGAGAGUGAGGAGAGAGAGAGUGAGGAGAGAGAGUGAGGAGUGAGAGAAAGCGCAUCGUAAUUUCUGAAUCGUGAUGUAAACAUUUUAAACUUGAGGGAAUUCAUGUCUUGGCAGUGGCAAUGAGAGAUGCAAACAUUGAAAUGGUUCGGGGCUUGAAUCGGAUGAAAAUUCAGAGGCGUUAAAACGUGCAAACUACCAACUGAAAUGUUCAUUAUUUUAAAGAAUUCCACAAGAACAAUAGUCGUGGGGUACGUGUUGCUGUGUGCGUUUACACAAUUUGACUUGAAGUCUUCCCGCAGAAAUCUGCUUACACAGGAACAAAACAUACAGCCAAGGAAUUGUGGUGACGUGUUGUUUUAAAUUGUCUGAAUUUUUGUAAAACACUUUUAAGUCACAACAUCAGACAGUAGUUUUGAUCGUUGAUGAAUAAUGUUUGUGUGUUUAGCGUUACCGACAUAAAGUGCGUGCAAGUAAGUCGUGAUUUUUAAACGUAAUCUUCACUUAUCAUGGAACACAAAUCUGAGUAGUAGUAGUAGUAGUAUCAUGGCACGGAGCUGUGUGAACAUACAGCUGGAUACUCGCAGUCACCUCAACAACAAGUCAUUCUCAUGUUCUGAGAAAAGGAUUAUUUGAAACUCUUAGUUUUUUUCGGGAAAAAACAAGUUUUAAUAAGUCAUAUAAAUAAUAAACAUAAAAUAAUAAUUUUAUUAGUUAUAAUGUCUAAGUCACGCAGGAAAACAUAAAAAAUGCUAAAUACCGGUGAGUGUUGACCGAGUGAUUGAUGUGAAACUCUCUGCAAUAAAUGUGACUUGUUGCGUCUC